AUGAAGAACGCCAACAUCUGGAACGUGAAGGUAUGCAAUCGCAUCCUCCAGAAAAAGGAAGAUCAAGCCAAGCACGAGUCUCAUCUGCGGCAUCUAGCCACUGUCAAGGUACCAUCAUAGCAUGACUUUAGUUUGAAUGAAUGAAAACGAAAAGUUAACUGCGAUGUAGGUACCAAUCAAUGUUGUCGGUCAUGAUACAACAUGAUCAAAUGAAACCGCCUCAACAACAGCCCUGCGUGGACACGACAGAGCCGACCAGAUACGUACACCUCAAGUACAAAACCAAUACACGAGAGCUGCAGAGAAAUCGAGCAAACGAGAUUCAGUUGGAGAACAGGAUAUUGCUGCAGAAAAUGCUCGAGAUAGACACAAGGUAAACUACGUUUUGAAAAUCAAAACUGCACUUUUCCAGCGGUGUUGAUGCUGCGAUAUAUUUUUCGAAUUAGGGGAGCCACAUUCUCUGUACCACGCGAAACAAAACGACUUUUUGAAAUUGCAGUCCUGUUGUAGUUCAUCUUGUUGCUUUUGGUUUAAAGGAAACGCAAAUCAACUCAGGAAAAUCGAUCUCCUGCACCCAGUGAAAGCGGAGAAGAGUUUGCACGCGCAGCUGCAUACCCGAGAGUCAGAUAGGAUAACGCGAGAAAACAGGCUUCUUCUGAAGCGACUCGAGCAGUGCAAGGGCACCUUGGGCGAUCCCAACGCCAUGGGCAGGCAGGAGGCGAAGAGACAAACGCUGCUCACGAAAAUGGGGGCCAAUUCGUACUAUACCAUUCUUUUGCUUUCCGGUAUGCUUUCACUUAGUUUCAGUAAUAGUGAAGCCACUUUCGCCUUUCACACAGCGAGUUCUAGAAAACGAUGAAAGAGAAGAUUGAAAAUCAGAAUCCGGCGUAAGUAGUUGCAGUGAGUAAACUAACAUUUCACGUCAACACUUCAUCUACAGAAACCGCUAUCGUCGCGACAUCCAGUUGCGCGUACCGCCAACACCAAGGAGUAUGCCCACGAAGACCAAAAUGCCCCACUGGAAUCCGGAUAAGGAGAUGACGGAUCGCUUCGAGAAUUUCAAAAAGAACUACCAAAAGCACAUGCAGGACGUACUACUGUUGUUGUUCUCUUCUUGUUCACACCAUGGAGAUUGAUCAGUCAUAAUCUACAACGAACUAGUAAUUCGCGCGGUUGUAUCUUUCUUGAGUAUCAGCGAGCAUGACAAAAAAAACCAACUCGAAAACCGAACAGCACGUCUUUGUUUCCGACGAGGGUGGAAAAGGGGCCGGGUCCGCCGCAGCCGGGAAGACGAUAUGACGGUCGUCUGGGCCGCAUGUGCAAUUUGUGAAUGAAGACCACGAAAAAUGGUGUUGACCCAUCAGAUCGUGUGCGGACACUGUGUCAAUUUGUAUGAACUAAAUCUAAGUCACGACUACCACUGUUUCAUCAGCACCCAUCUGAAAUGCAUCUUGAAGAAGGCGCCUGUGACGAACUGUCAGCCUCAGCACAUCUUCGUGCAACAAAUGAUAGGGGCGAAAGCAGGAUCACCGAGAGCUUCGUCGAGAAAUGAAAUAAAUGCAAGAUCCAUUCAGCUGGAGGAGACAGAAAUUGAAUGUCAAAUUGAAAUGCGUCUGCGUCAGAGCUUCUUGCCG